AUGCUUCGGUCCCAGCACCUUCACACCCCAGCUACUAGCUACACACGCAGAAACGUCCGGCCUUCUUUUCAGCGGACAUUCCGAUUCACAGACCACGUUCUCCCUUCACCAAGAUGUAGCUCGACGUCUGCUCCUGCUCAUAACACCCAACCGUUUGACAUCCUCUUCUUCGGCCGCGACGAGUUUUCGUGUACGGUCUUGUCACAGCUUCAUGCUGGUCCGGAUGUAUGGGAACACAUCUCAAUCGUGACGAACCCGGACUCGAAGACAGGGAGGAGAGGUUCUAUCGUGUCGGUAUCACCCUUGAAGCUCCUCGCCGAAUCACUGUCGCUGCCUGUGCACACCAUCCCGCACUCCAAGCCCGCAUUCAGAACGUGGCAGCUUCCGCCACCCUUCUCCAAAUACCACACCCUUCCUUCUUCCGAUGCCUCCAGUUCAUCUACACCCCCGACAUCCCCUGCACGGCACCACUUGCUCAUCACGGCCUCCUUCGGACGCAUCCUCCCCGCUCCCCUCUUACGUGCCUUCGCACCCGGCCGCGCACUGAACGUGCAUCCAUCGCUUCUCCCGUUGUACCGCGGCGCGUCUCCCAUCCAAUACACGAUCAUGAACGGCGACACGCGCGGAGGCGUGUCGAUUAUCGAUAUGAUGGAGCGUAAGAAGGGCAUUGAUGCAGGCGGAAUCUGGGCCCAGGAGGAAAUGGACGUGCGUCCAGAGUCAACAUUCCCCACUCUGCGCGACGACCUCGCUGAGCGGGGCGGCAAGCUGCUCGUCGAUGUUCUUAGGCACAUGCUAGCUGGAACCGCCAAAUCUACCCCACAAGACCCAGUGACCUCCGCCUCCUCCCCACGCGCACCAAGCAUAACAGCACAAGACGCGCUCGUCGACUUCUCUCUCAUGUCGUGCGACCAGAUCAUCCGCCUCGACCGUGGCAUAUCACACCAGAAGCCGCUGACAGUGUACACGCCCUCUGGGCUAUCUUUACAGCUCUCGGGGCUAUGCCGACACGACUCUGACAGGGGUAUUCUGGAGAUUUCGCCUUUGCCCGGUGUCGCCGCUUACGACCCGCACUCGCGCAGCGUGCUCGUGCGCUGCGCGGAUGGCGCCGUUCUGGGGAUUGACAUGCUCCAGGAGCAAAAUCGCCGCGCGGUCCCGGCCAAGGUGUGGUGGAAUGGCGUGCGAGGACGGGAGACAGAUUUUGUCGACGGUAGUGUGCGGCUGAGCCCAGCCCCAACUUCGAGGAGAGAUUGCAGUAUAUCGUACGGUCAAGCAAAGGACUGACUUAAUAUUGUUGACGACAUAGUGGGAACCGGUGUUCCUGUC